AUGUCACAAGAGCCACUGACCAUGCACAGUGAUGCAAACUGGGUGAGUGAUGCCACCAUACAGAGAAGGAGUACAUUGGGGUCAGUGGCAUUAGUGUACAGGAACCCAGUAGCCUGGAAGUCAGCAACACAAAAAUGUGUAUCAUUGUCCGCCAUCAAGGCAGAGUUCAUUGCAGCCACAGAAGCAACAUGUGAGGUGCUCUUCCUCAAGCAGCUGCUAUGCUCAAUUGGCAUUGCCACAGGCACCCCAAUGGUCUACUCAGACAACACUGGUUGCAUACAGGUUAGUAAAGAUCCAGCACAGCAUUGGAAGCUUAAGCACAUCGACACCAAGUACCACUUCAUCCAUAACAACAUCCAAGAGGGAAGGGUGCAGAUCAAGUAUGAGAUACAUGUGAAGAAGCCCUUCGAGGUCAAGGAUGACCUAUGGUACAGUGGAGGAAGGUUGGUUAUCCCCAAAGUGAUCAUGCCAGGGAGGACCAACAACCGACACUCAAGGAGUGCCAAAGAGGUAGAUGGACAGUCUCUCUCUGUAGAGCAUCUGCGAUUCAUGGUGAUGACCCAAUGCCAUGAUGGUAUUACUGCUGGACAUGUAGGAAGAGAUGCUACCAUCAAGGCAGCUCAACGACAUUACUGGUGGCCAAACAUGACAGCUUGGAUUGCAGACUAUGUAGCAAGUUGUCCUGUAUGUGCUAGGUACAAAGCUCCUCGUCACCGUCCAUAUGGUUUGCUACAGCCACUAGCAACACCAGACAGGCCCUGGGGCUCCAUAUCCCUCGACUUCAUCGAAGGACUACCACCAUCGAAGAAGUAUGACUCCAAGACCUAUGACUCUAUCUUAGUCAUUGUCGACAGGUUAACCAAGUUUGCCAUAUUAGCUCCAACCCAUAAGACAGUCAUGGCCAAACAGACUGCAGUGUUGCUAUAUGGACACAUGGUUAGACUCUUCGGAUAUCCAGAUCACAUGGUCUCGGACCGAGGCAGGCAGUUCAUAUCAGGAGCAUGGAAGGCAUUUGCAGAGCAAAUGGGUGUGAAGCACUCACUUAGCAUGGCUUACCAUCCUCAAACCGAUGGUCAGACAGAGAGGGUCAAUCAGGUCAUAGAGCAAUACCUCAGGAUGUACUGCAACUAUGAGCAGAAUGACUGGGCCAACCUGCUGGACACUGCAGCCUUUGUAUACAACAACACGGUCCACAACAGCAUUGGUGUCUCACCAUUCUUUGCAUGCUAUGGAUGGAACCCCAAAGCUCAUCCUGACAUCCCUCAACGACUAGGAGUCAAUGAUCCAGGUCACUUCGAGUACCUCAUGGAUGGAAAGGAGUGUUGCAAGUACCUCCAGGAGCAGAUCAGAGAGGCACAACGUAGAUCAGUAAACCAGUAUAACAGGAAGCACAAGGACAUCGAGUUUAAGGUGGGUGAUAUGGUCUAUAUCAACUGUCGAAACUGGAAGACAAGGAGACCCACACCCAAGUUAGACACCCGGUUUGCAGGACCCUACCCAGUUCAGGAACGGCCAGCAAGAACAAGUUCUCUUCCUCAACGUGCUGAACAGCCCACCAUACCAUCACUUCCAGAUGAGGACCUCGACUUCGAAGUCGAAGCACUCAUCAACAAGCAUUCACACAAUGGGACUACAGAGUACAAGGUGUUGUGGAGAGGGUACUCAGAAAAAGCUGCUUCAUGGGAACCAGUAGAGAACCUCAACUGUCCCGACCUCAUCCAGGAGUAUGAGGUGUCGGAGGGGGGACGAGUGAGUAGACAAAGUAGAGAAAGGAGGAGAGAACAGGAGGAGUAG